UAAGGGUAGACUGUCUUCCGACAUGAAUCCUGUGUACAGUCCUGUCCAGCCCGGGACACCGUACGGGAACCCCAAGAACAUGGCAUACGCAGGUGAGUGCCAAAACAACAACAACAAAAACAACCAGCAAUACCAUACCAAUACAGUGGCAGGUACUCUCUUAAAAUCUCUUGGCCCAUUCGGCAAGGCCUAUGUAGAGCAUAAGAUGCGUUCGAUCAUGUUCUUAUACUGUUUAGUUACGUCAUAGAGAUAUAUAAUUUACUAGAGUGGAUGAUGCUCUAUUUAAUUAUAUGUGUGUCACGUUCGCUUAAGGAGGAGGACCAAUGCGCAGCGUUGAAUGCGUACAUAUUAUUUAUUAAACAGAUCACCCGAUCAAAACAACGAACGAAACGUGAAGUCCUUCGAUACACACAAACCAAAAUGAACAAGAAACCACAACACAAAGUGAAAAGACCGAUAGUUAAAUAUGUCUCCCAAUCAGAGACAACCAGCUGACACUCGUUGCCUCUGAUUGGGAGUCACUCAGGCCAACCUAGAUAUACAAAACAUAGACUUACACACCCUGGCUCAACAUAACAUAGUCCCCAGAGCCAGGGCGUGACAGUACCCCCCCCCAAAGGCGCGGACUCCGGCCGCGCCAAACAACCACAACAGGGGAGGGACCGGGUGGGCACUCCGCCUCGGCGGCGGAUCCGGCUCCGGACAUGACCCAGGCACGGGUUGUGCUGGACUGACGACGCACACCCCUGGCUUGAUGCGUGGAGGAGGAACGGGCCGGACCGGGCUGACGAAGCGCACCCCUGACUUGGUGCGGGGAGCAGGAAUGAGCCGGACCGGGCUGACGACGCGCACCACUGACCUGGUGCGGGGAGCUUGGAUGGGCCGGACUGGGCUGGCGACGCGCACCACAGACUUGGUACGGAGAGCAGGAACGGGCCGGACAGGGCUGACGAAACGCACCAUAGACUUGGUGCGGAGAGCAGGCACGGGCCGUGCCGGACUGACGACGCACACCACUGGCUUGGUGCGGGAAGCUUGGAUGGGCCGGACUGGGCUGGCGACGCGCACCACAGACUUGGUGCGGAGAGCAGGAACGGGCCGUGCCGGACUGACGACGCACACCACUGGCUUGGAGCGGGAAGCUUGGAUGGGCCGGACUGGGCUGGCGACGCGCACCACAGACUUGGUGCGGAGAGCAGGAAUGGGCCGGACCGGGCUGGCGACGCGCACCACCGACUUGGUACGGAGAGCAGGAACGGGCCGGACAGGGCUGACGACGCGCACCACAGGCUCGGUGCGAGAGGCAGGAACAGGCCGAACCGUACUGGGGACACACGCCACUGGCCCUAUGCAGGGAUCAGGAACGGGCCGGACCGGACUGGUAAUACACCCCAGUACCUCUCGCCGUGCCUCCACACUUUCCCUCUCCUCUGUGACCAGUGGCCCCCUUAACCUGGCGGCCUCCUCUUCACACCCGCUGGACCGCUCCAUCGCGGCCUCCUGCUGCCCCGUCGUCCACGUCGUGAGCCCCCCCCUAAAAAUUUUCUGGGGUUCUCUCCUCCCCGUGGACCAGGCCUCCCUAGCUCUCGCCAGACUCUCGAUCCAUUGCUUCAUAGACCAGCCUCUCUCCUCUUCACUUAGCGUGGCCCAGCCGAAACUCCUACUCCCCUGAUCCCAGGUCCUUCCUCUCUCCUCUUCACGCUGCUUGGUCCAUUUUUGGUGGUUUCUUCUGUCACGUUCGCUUAAGGAGGAGGACCAAUGCGCAGCGUUGAAUGCGUACAUAUUAUUUAUUAAACAGAUCACCCGAUCAAAACAACGAACGAAACGUGAAGUCCUUCGAUACACACAAACCAAAAGGAACAAGAAACCACAACACAAAGUGAAAAGACCGAUAGUUAAAUAUGGCUCCCAAUCAGAGACAACCAGCUGACACUCGUUGCCUCUGAUUGGGAGUCACUAAGGCCAACCUAGAUAUACAAAACAUAGACUUACACACCCUGGCUCAACAUAACAUAGUCCCCAGAGCCAGGGCGUGACAAUGUGUUACAUCACCUAUGUAUUUCCUCCACAUCCUUUCCCUGCUCUCGUUGUCUCACGUCUGCAAUAACUGAAAUUACUUGGCAAUAACUGAAAUGACUUGUAUUCUCUUUUGUGCUUUAAUUCAUUUCAGUUGCUUUGAAUCUUCUCUCCUGUCAUCAUCAUGACUGGGUUUACAAUGGAGAUACAGUUUUGUUUUGUUUUACAAGAGCAGUACAGCAUUUGAGGUGUCCCCGCUGACACAAACUUAUUUUUUCACAAAAGUAGUGCACUGGGCCUUAACUAGUAUUAGCGGACGAUAUAGAAGCUGGUCAUCUAGGUUUGUACCUGUAGACUUCCAUCACCAUGAAGAAAACAAUGCACAAUACAGUAAUUGAGUACAUUGAGACGUCAAGUGGUUUGUACUGAUGUGAUGAUGUGGUUCUGUUGGUAGCGCAUGGUGCUUGUAAUGCUAGGGUUGUGGGUUCGAUUCCUACGGGGGACAAGUAUGAAAAUGUCAACACUCACUACGGUAAGUUGCUCUGGAUAAAAUGGGAAAGGAAUGAAUAGACGAUUUCAGCUUUCACAUAGAAAUAAGUUGCAUUUGCAAAGUAUUUAAAGAAACUGGAAAACAUACUGUAUACCAAGCAAGUAUUUUUAUAUUCCACAAGUAUUAUCAGAUAAACUGUUUUGUACAGAUAAUUAUCAGACUAAAGUUACAAAUGCUGGUAAACACUCAAAUACAUUUACAUUCUUUCACAAAAGUAAUGCACUGGGCCUGUACUAGUCCUGUAUUAGGGGACCAAUAUAGAUGAUACACCCCUACCCCCACCCCCAAACUACUUCCCGCGGCUAUGAGUGCAUUCACCACUAGAUGAGUCUAUGCAUUGAAUGAUCUGUCUGUGUGAAAAUUGAGUAUUCACAUGGCGUGUACAAAGACAGGCGGAAAAAGAGAAGGCAGGAAGACAAGAAAAGGGAAGAGGAGAAGAGGACAUAGAGUGUGGAAAUAGAAAUGUGAUUACACUGGUGGUGCUUUCCUCCGCUGGCUCGAGGUGGCAGAGCCCGUUACUGCCACUCGGCUAGUGAUUCAUUGGCCAAGCUGUUACCACAGCGCCGGCUUUGAUAAGAGGGAGUUUAUUUUUAAGGUGCCCUUAGCUCUCAGUGGUCCUCUGUAGCUCAAUUGGUAGAGCAUGGCGCUUGUAAUGCCAGGGUAGUGGGUUCGAUCCCCGUGAGCACCCAUACGUAAAAAUGUAUGCACACAUGACUGUAAGUCGCUUUGGAUAAAAGCGUCUGCUAAAUGGCAUGUUAUAUUAUUAUUAUUUCUCUCUUGUCGCUUCUUCAUACCCACAAUGCAUUGCUGCUCAUCCUUAGGCUGCAGCUGAUCAGAGAGUUAAGAGAAAGGACAGACGCCUGCAGUGGUUGCAGUAGCCUUGUGUGAUGGAGUCUGUGUGGCGGGAGGCCGGGGGAUACACACGCAGGAGCAUACACACACAAACACACACACAUCCUGGGGACAGCAGACCAAAGGAGUGCGGUUGGGGCCCCCUCCAUGUCAUCUCAGAUACUGCUAAUUAAAUGAGGACUGUCGCGCUGUCCCAAAAUGUUGGUUGUUGCGUAAAACCCAUAUAUUCAGAUAAGCAAAAAAGUGUGAUGGGUCCGCACUCCAAAAGAUGUUGCAUAAAGCUUACUUAAUUAUUAUUAUCUUUCACUGCAUCAGGGAUAGGUAACACAGACGUUGCAGCUUUCUUCAGUGUGUUGGUACAAAUCUUAUUAAUUCAAAACAACAUUUAUAGGGAACACAGGUGAGCUACCGGCGAGCAGCAGGUGCAUCUCAGAUACUGCUGAUAGUAGGGAUCCCUCCCUCCCUCCCUCUCUCUGUUCUUCCCUCCCUCCCUACCUCCCUCCGGUCCUCCCUCCCUUCCUCCCUCCAUCUCUCCCUCCAUUCCUCCGUUCCUACCUCCCUCCAUCCUCCCUCCACUCUGUUCCUCCCCUCCCUCCGUUCCUCCCUCCCUCUUUUAUUCCCUCCGUUCCUCCCUCCCUCCCCCCAUUCCUCCCUCCAUUGCUCCCUCCCUCCGUUCCUCCCCUCCCUCCGUUCCUCCCUCUGUUAUUCCCUCCGUUCCUCCCUCCCUCCGUUCCUCCCUUCCUCUGUUCCUCCAUCCCUCCCUCCGUUCCUCCGUCCCUCCCUCCGUUUCCUCCCUCCCUCCAUUCCUCCGUUCCUCUGUUCUUCCCUCCCUCUUCUCUCUCCCUAAUUGUCUCAGGCUGCUUCUCUUUUGCUCACAAUUAGUCCACAGUCACACUGUUCCAUAAAUACGGAGGCUAAUUAGUGAGGCGUGGGGUCUGGCUCUGUGUGUGUGUGUGUGUGUGUGUGUGUAUGUGUGGGCGGUCGGUCGGUCAGAUCUGGCUGCGUGGGUGGUGUGUAGCCUCAGAAUUGAGAUACACACACACACACACACACACACACACAGGCUGCUCCUGCAUGCUUUGUUAUUUCCAAUAAUAGGCUACUUUGUUUUAGUGUGAUUGCUAUGUUAUCAGUACAAUUCAUAGUCAUACCAAUUAUAUAAUUACUAUUUUUUCCCCCAUUUAUAUAUAAUAUAUACAGUAGGCCUGCCUAACCUUCAGUAAAUAUUUUCCCCUUUCUCCCAUAUCCCAUAUCUUCCCAACCUCUUAUUUUCCAUAUAGGCUGCCUAACAUCAAGUAAAUAUUUAUCUUCUACAGUUGAAGUCGGAAGUUUACAUACACUUAGGUUGGAGUCAUUAAAACUCAUUUUUCAACCCCUCCACAAAUUUCUUGUUAACAAACUAUAGUUUUGGCAAUUUGGUUAGGACAUUUACUUUGUGCAUGACACAAUUAAUCACAAUUCCAGUGGGUCAGAAGUUUACUAAGUUGACUGUGCCUUUAAACAGCAUGGAAAAUUCCAGAAAAUGAUGUCAUGGCUUUAGAAGCUUCUGAUAGGCUAAUUGACAUCAUUUGAGUCAAUUGGAGGUGUACCUGUGGAUGUAUUUCAAGGCCUACCUUCAAACUCAGUGCCUCUUUGCUUGACAUCAUGGGGAAAUCAAAAGAAAUCUGCCAAGACCUCAGAAAAAGAAUUGUAGACCUCCACAAGUCUGGUUCAUCCUUGGGAGCAAUUUCCAAACGCCUGAAGGUACCACGUUCAUCUGUACAAACAAUAGUACGCAAGUAUAAACACCAUGGGACCAUGCAGCCGUCAUACCGCUCAGGCAGUAGACGCGUUCUGUCUCCUAGAGCUGAACGUACUUUGGUGCGAAAAGUGCAAAUCAAUCCCAGAACAACAGCAAAGGACCUUGUGAAGAUGCUGGAGGAAACAGGUACAAAAGUAUCUAUAUCCACAGUAAAACAAGUCCUAUAUCGACAUAACCUGAAAGGCCGCUCAGCAAGGAAGAGGCCACUGCUCCAAAACCGCCAUAACAAAAGCCAGACUAUGGUUUGCAACUGCACAUGGGGACAAUGAUCGUACUUUUGGAGAAAUGUCCUCUGGUCUGAUUAAACAAAAAUAAAACUGUUUGGCCAUAAUGACCAUCGUUAUGUUUGGAGGAAUAAGGGGGUGGCAGCGUCAUCCUGUGGGGGUGCUUUGCUGCAGGAGGGACUGGUGCACUUCACAAAAUGGAUGGCAUCAUGAGGAAGGAAAAUUAUGUGGAUAUAUUCAAGCAACAUCUCAAGACAUCAGUCAGGAAGUUAAAGCUUGUUCGCAAAUGGGUCUUCCAAAUGGACAACGACCCCAAGCAUACUUCCAAAGUUGUGGCAAAAUGGCUUAAGGACAACAAAGUCAAGGUAUUGGAGUGGCCAUCACAAAGCCCUGACCUCAAUCCUAUAGAAAAUGUGUGGGCAGAACUGAAAAAGUGUGUGCGAGCAAGGAGGCCUACAAACCUGACUCAGUUAAACCAGCUCUGUCAGGAGGAAUGGGCCAAAAUUCACUCAACUUAUUGUGGGAAGCUUGUGGAAGGCUACCCAAAACAUUUGACCCAAGUUAAACAAUUUAAAGGCAAUGCUACCAAAUACUAAUUGAGUGUAUGUAAACUUCUGACCCACUGGGAAUGUGAUGAAAGAAAUAAAAGCUGAAAUAAAUGAUUCUCUCUACUAUUAUUCUGACAUUUCACAUUCUUAAAAUAAAGUGGUGAUCCUAACUGAUGGAAGGGAAAUUUUACUAGGAUUAAAUGUCAGGAAUUGUGAAAAACUGAGUUUAAAUGUAUUUGUCUAAGGUGUAUGUAAACUUCCGACUUCAACUGUAUAUUAUUUAAAGGUGCAAUAUGCAGAAAUUGCUUAGCCAUUUCCUGGUUGCUAAAAUUCAAAUAGUUUACCUAAUUUCAGUUUGUGACAAAAUAAGCAUUGUGUAGAAAAUCAUUGUACCAUCUAAACCCCUGUGAAAUAUAUUUUCCAUAACCAAAAUAUUGUAUUUUCAGCUGUUUGAAGCUGCUGUAAAAAACUGAAAGUAAAAGAUGCAAAAACUAAACUUAACGGGAAGCAUAGAAAUAGCGCACAUAAAACAGAUCUACUGCUUCUUAGACUAGCUUUAAGUAUUGUCCUCUAUUCUCUGUAUCUUCCCCAACCCCAUCUUUUCAAUUUCCAGGAAAUGCUGUGUGCCUUUAAGUUUCCAUCUGAUUUCCACCCUAUGGGCCCUGGUCAAAAUACGUUCACUACUGUAUAUAGGGAUAGGGUACCAUUUGGGACUCAGCCUUUCUCUAGGGUGACAAGUGGUCAUGAGUACUGAGGAGGACAGGGCCUUGUUCUAUGCCCAGUAAUAAUUAUUGAGAACAUUCCCUCUAGGUGGAUCUGCUCCCUCUGUGUGACCUAACUGAGACAUUCAGUGCCUUCAGAAAGGAUUCAUCUGUUCAUUGACUUAUUCCACAUUUUGUUGUGUAACAGCUUAAAUUCUAAAUGGAUUAAAUAGAUUUAUUUUCACCCAUCACCCAUCUACACAAAAUACCCCGUAAUGAAGUGAAAACGUGUUUUUAGAAAUGUUUGUUAAUGUAUUGAAAAUGAAAUACAGAAAUAUCUCAUUUGCAUAAGUAUUCACAAUCCUGAGUCAAUACUUUGUAGAAGCAUCUUUGGCAGCGGUUACAACUGUGAGUCUUUCUGGGUAAGUCUCGAAGAGCUUUCCACAUCUGGAUUGUGCAACAUUUGCCCAUUAUUCUUUUCAAAAUUCUUCAAGCUCUGUCAAAUUGGUUGUUGAUCAUUGCUAGACAAUCAUUUUCAGGUCUUGCCAUUGAUUUUCAAGUGGAUUUAAGUGAAAACUGUAACUCGACCACUCAGAAACAUUCACUGUCUUCUUGGUAAGCAACUACCGUGUAGAUUUGGCCUCAUGUUUUAAGUUAUUUUCCUGCUGAAAGGUGAAUUAAUCUCUGUCUGGGGGAAAGCAGACUGAACCAUGUUUUUCUCUAGGAUUUUGACUGUCCUUAGCUCCAUUCAGUUUCUUUUUUAUCCUGAAAAACUCCCCAGUCCUUAAUGAUUACAAGCAUACCCAUAAUACGAUGCAGCCACCACUAUCCAUGUAAAUAUGGAGUGGUACUCAGUAAUGUCUUGUAUUGGAUUUGCCCCAAAGCAACUGAGUUAGGAAGGACACCUGUAUCUUUGUAGUGACUGGGUGUAUUGAUACACCAUCCAAAGUGUAAUGAAUAACUUCACCAUGUUCAAAGGGAUAUUCAGCAUCUGCUACAAUAGGUGCCCUUCUUUGUGAGACAUUGGAAAACCUCUGUUGUCUUUGUGGUUGAAUCUGUGUUUGAAAUUCCCUGCUCGACUGUAGGACCUUACAGAUGUAUAUGUGGUAGUCAUUCAAAAAUCAUGUUAAACACUAUUAUUGCACACAGAGUGAGUCCAUGCAACUUAUUAUGACUUGUUAAGUGUAUAUUUUACUCCUGAACCUAUUUAGGCUUGUUAUAACAAAGGGGUUGAAUACUUAUUGACUCAAGACAUUUCAGCUUUUCAUUUUUUAUUAAUUUGUUAAACAUAUAUAGAUAUACUUUAACAUUAUGGGGUAUUGUGUGUAGGCCAGUGACAAAAAAAAUCUAAAUUUAAUCAAUUUUAAAUUCAGGCUGUAACACAACAAAAUGUGGAAAAAGUCAAGGGGUGUGAAUACUUUCUGAAGGCGCUGUGUGGUUCUAUUCUCGCUCUCUCUAUCUCUCUCCCUCUCUUCCGUCCUAGGAAGAUUUCUGAUGGGAGUCUCUGGGAUGAUUUAGACCCCUCUCAUUGGGUUCGAGUUUUCCUAGCUCCCUCCUUCUUAACCCUUUGGAGAGAUAAGCAGCGCAGCAGAGGGAGCGACGAAAGAGAGGGAGAGAGAUGAGAGGAGCAAGGAGCGAAAAGAGGGGAAGGGUGAGGGGGGGGUGUAGGAGGGAGCUCUCCUGAGAGAAAGAGAGGGAGGAAAGGGCUCGCGAGGGGAGAGGAAGGAAAAGAGCGGUAGAGAGAAGGUAGCAGCAUUCUAGACGAGACGAUUCGAACUCUCGAUGUACGACUCUCUUUCUCCUCUCCCUUCUCGGGCAUCUGUCGCCCUCGCUAGAGCAUCUCCCUCUCUUAUCUCUCCCUCUCUCUCUCCCUCUCUUUCUCUCUUUCUCUCUCCCUCUCUUUCUCUCUCCCUCUCUUUCUCUCUCCCUCUCUGUCUUUUUCUUUUUUCCCUCCCUUCAAUCCUGUCUCUCUUCAGUCCCCUUUUUCCUUCUCAUAUCAGUGCUGUGAUUAGUGACAGCCAGGUAGUGUAGUGUGCAGUGCAGAGGAGAAGGAGCCUCUUCACGCUGUAGAAGAUAACUCUUGUCAAUGAGGUUUAGACUCCAUGGUGCCACUUCAUGGUCCAGUACUGUAGAAGAUAACUCUUGUCAAUGAGGUUUAGACUCCAUGGUGCCACCUCAUGUUCCAUUACAGUUCAAAUGAAUGAUAAGUACUUUGAUGUUCCACCUCCUCCCUGUCCUCCAAUGAACUCUCUUCCUCACCACACACAAUCAUAUGUUUAUACACCACAUGCACGCAUACACAGGCAUACAUGCACACAGACACACACACACACACACAGGCAUGCAUACCAGUGUAUGCACACAAACACGCUGUAUACAAAUGGACGUUUACACACACACACACACACUUGAAUGGGUGUCUGCUGAACUAUUCUCUAUUUCUCAUGGUGAUCAAUACGGUAUGAUCAUCCCUCCUUCGCCUCCUCUCAACCACCCCCUCGCUUUUUUGUCACUGGCCUACACACAAUACCCCAUAAUGUUAAAGUUUAUCUAUAUAUGUUUAACAAAUUAAUAAAAAAUGAAAAGCUGAAAUGUCUUGAGUCAAUAAGUAUUCAACCCCUUUGUUAUGACAAGCCUAAAUUGGUUCAGGAGUAAAAAAAUACGCUUAACAAGUCAUAAUAAGUUGCAUGGACUCACUCUGUGUGCAAUAAUAGUGUUUAACAUGAUUUUUGAAUGACUACCACAUAUACAUCUGUAAGGUCCUUCAGUCGAGCAGGGAAUUUCAAACACAGAUUCAACCACAAAGACAACAGAGGUUUUCCAAUGUCUCACAAAGAAGGGCACCUAUUGUAGCAGACGCUGAAUAUCCCUUUGACCAUGUUGAAGUUAUUCAUUACACUUUGGAUGGUGUAUCAAUACACCCAGUCACUACAAAGAUACAGGUGUCCUUCCUAACUCAGUUGCUUUGGGGCAAAUCCAAUACAAGACAUUACUGAGUACCACUCCAUAUUUACAUGGAUAGUGGUGGCUGCAUCGUAUUAUGGGUAUGCUUGUAAUCGUUAAGGACUGGGGAGUUUUUCAGGAUAAAAAAGAAACUGAAUGGAGCUAAAGUCACAUUUCACCUUCUAAAGCACUUCCUUCCUAUAUCCUUUGAAAUAAGAUAAUCUAUGAGUCACCAAGUACCUCAAUACAUCCCAUUCAAACUGAACCAGUGUCGUAUUCAUUAAGACACAACAAAAUGUUUUGCAACGUAAAAUGAAAACAAGCAUUUCUUAUAUUGGACAAGUUCAGGUAGUCGCUCCGUUUCAGUCUGUUUUCUUCCAGUCGGUACCCUAAUGAAUACGACCCAGGAGACUUCAACCUUAUCUUAUCUAAACUGUCAGCAACUUCACACAAUCGCUGACAUCCAACCUAUAGUGGGGAGAACAAGUAUUUGAUACACUGCCGAUUUUGCAGGUUUUCCUACUUACAAAGCAUAUAGAGGUCUGUAAUUUGUAUCAUAGGUACACUUCAACUGUGAGAGACGGAAUCUAAAACAAAAAUCCAGAAAAUCACAUUGUAUGAUUUUUAAGUAAUUAAUUUGCAUUUUAUUGCAUGACAUAAGUAUUUGAUCACCUACCAACCAUUAAGAAUUCCGGCUCUCACAGACCUGUUAGUUUUUCUUUAAGAAGCCCUCCUGUUCUCCACUCAUUACCUGUAUUAACUGCACCUGUUUGAACUCGUUACCUGUAUAAAAGACACCUUUCCACACACUCAAUCAAACAGACUCCAACCUCUCCACAAUGGCCAAGACCAGAGAGCUGUGUAAGGACAUCAGGGAUAAAAUUGUAGACCUGCACAAGGCUGGGAUGGGCUACAGGACAAUAGGCAAGCAGCUUGGUGAGAAGGCAACAACUGUUGGCGCAAUUAUUAGAAAAUGGAAGAAGUUCAAGAUGACGGUCAAUCAUCCUCGGUCUGGGGCUCCAUGCAAGAUCUCACCUCGUGGGGCAUCAAUGAUCAUGAGGAAGGUGAGGGAUCAGCCCAGAACUACACGGCAGGACCUGGUCAAUGACCUGAAGAGAGCUGGGACCACAGUCUCAAAGAAAACCAUUAGUAACACACUACGCUGUCAUGGAUUAAAAUCCUGCAGUGCACGCAAGGUCCCCCUGCUCAAGCCAGCGCAUGUCCAGGCCCGUCUGAAGUUUGACAAUGAACAUCUGGAUGAUCCAGAGGAGGAAUGGGAGAAGGUCAUGUGGUCUGAUGAGACAAAAAUAGAGCUUUUUGGUCUAAACUCCACUCGCCGUGUUUGGAGGAAGAAGAAGGAUGAGUACAACCCCAAGAACACCAUCCCAACCGUGAAGCAUGGAGGUGGAAACAUCAUUCUUUGGGGAUGCUUUUCUGCAAAGGGGACAGGACGACUGCACCGUAUUGAGGGGAGGAUGGAUGGGGCCAUGUAUCGCAAGAUCUUGGCCAACAACCUCCUUCCCUCAGUAAGAGCAUUGAAGAUGUGUCGUGGCUGGGUCUUCCAGCAUGACAACGACCCGAAACACACAGCCAGGGCAACUAAGGAGUGGCUCCGUAAGAAGCAUCUCAAGGUCCUGGAGUGGCCUAGCCAGUCUCCAAACCUGAACCCAAUAGAAAAUCUUUGGAGGGAGCUGAAAGUCCGUAUUGCCCAGCGACAGCCCCGAAACCUGAAGGAUCUGGAGGUCUGUAUGGAGGAGUGGGCCAAAAUCCCUGCUGCAGUGUGUGCAAACCUGGUCAAGACCUACAGGAAACGUAUGAUGUCUGUAAUUGCAAACAAAGGUUUCUGUACCAAAUAUUAAGUUCUGCAUUUCUGAUGUAUCAAAUACUUAUGUCAUGCAAUAAAAUGCAAAUUAAUUACUUAAAAAUCAUACAAUGUGAUUUUCUGGAUUUUUGUUUUAGAUUCCGUCUCUCACAGUUGAAGUGUACCUAUGAUAAAAAUGACAGACCUCUACAUGCUUUGUAAGUAGGAAAACCUGGAAAAUCGGCAGUGUAUCAAAUACUUGUUCUCCCCACUGUAUGUGGAUGGGUUGCAUCCACUGCAGUGUCCUAUCCAUAUAUUUUAUGAAUCAGGUGCAGGAGGGUGGGGCUGCACUGUAAAUCACUGUGAUGGGGAUGUGGGGAGAUGGAGGCUCCAUAGAGUAAUAACAUGUGAUUAUCCCCUCCACACAGGCACUCUGGAACACUGUCUCUGUGCUGUCCUACCUUUGACCUUCCGUCUCACAACACACACACAUCCACAUCCACUCAUAUAUUAACUUGCAUGCACUCACACGUCCAUGCUGCACAAACAUACACAAACAAACAAACAAACAAACAAACAAACAAACAAACAAACAAACAAACACACACACACACACACACACACACACACACACACACACACAAAUAAUAAUAAUAAUAAAUAAUAUGCCAUUUAGCAGACGCUUUUAUCCAAAGCGACUUACAGUCAUGCGUGCAUACAUUUUUUUUGUGUAUGGGUGGUCCCGGGGAUCGAACCCACUACCUUGGCGUUACAAGCGCCGCGCUCUACCAGCUGAGCUACAGAGGACCACGACAAACAAACAAAUAUACACACACACAAACAAACUCACACACACCCUCAGGCGAUGAUGUUCUAAAAGGCCUCUGUUCUCUGUCCUCAGGCUAUCCUGCAGGUUAUCCUCAGGCUCCUACCUACACACCCAACCUCUACCAGACUGGCAGCCCAGGCUAUCCCCCAGGUAAGAACACACACACACAAAUGCAUGCACGCACAAACAUGCACACACACACACACAUGCACACAAGCACACACACAGUUUGAUCAAACCAGCAGUCCACUCUAUCCUCCAAGGUAAGAAUAUGCACACAUGUAAUACAACACACACUAUAUGAAUCAGAUUGGCGGUGCAGUCUACUCAAAGGUAAAAACACCCGCAUGCACACACACACAACCACGUAUACACACACACACACACACACACACACACUCAAACAUCCUCUCUGUUUACAUGUGUCUAUUCCACACGUAUUCUUGAGUGCAUAUCUUACAGCACUACACAGCACUCAAGAAUGUCUCGAUCCACAUAAUCACAGUAUUCAUGGAAAUGGGUUCUUGACAUUGUCAUGAGAAGUUUCCCCUAGACGCUGAUCUUGGGUCAGUUUAACAUUUUCACCACUAAUGGUUAAGGUUAAGAUUGGGUGAGGGGAAGCUGAUCCUAGAUCUGUACCUACAUGAAACUUCACCCCAGAGCCUUCACAAUGCCUUGAGGACUCUUAUGUAGAGCUGCUAGAGAGGCUUUGUUCAUGUUGUAUCCACACAGUGAUCUAGAACGUUCUGUCCAGAAAUGUGUGUGUGCGUGUGUGUGUUUUGUGUGCGUGUAAUGUUGUGUUUUGGUGUGAACUUGAGAAUGCCUUGAGAACGACUGUUAAUAAGAUGAUUCCGAAUUUAUUUUCUGUUUUAUUGUGAUAAACGAUUCUGACAUGUAGGCCUUACUAUGGUUGUGGUUACAUUGCCCUUUGAUGUUAGAGGAUGGCUUGAGAUGUUUGUCAGUUAGUGAAAGUGAUAUAACCUGGGGUUGUUUGGCAUUUUAUUACCGUAAAUACUGUAAUACUGUUUGUCGUUAAGAUGUCUAGAAGCAGUGUUGGGCUCUCUAGCAUCUCCUUGUGCUAGCUAGAAUAAAUGAAUGUAGUUUCAAUGGAAUGCAUCUCUUCACAUCAAAGGUUGGGUAGGUAUUAGGGUUGGGGUCAAUUACUUUUCAAUUCAGCAAGUAUUCAAUUCAAAAUUUCCUCAAUGCUUCUCUAUGAGAAAAAAUGGAGCUGGAAUUUCACUUUACUUCCUGAAUUGACUGAACUGAAAUGGAAUUGACCCUAGCUUUGGUAGCUAGUAGUUUGUGUUGUGGUUGGUGGUGAUCCAUAUUUGUUAUGUGCAGAAUCUGGUUUUACUGCAUUUCUCCUGGAGCUCCAGAGGGUUUGAUGGGCAUCAGAGAGUGGAGUGAAGUAGGUCAGUGAGAGCUGUGCCAUGUUGUCGCACUACAGUGCACUGCAGCACUGCCGUUACUGGGCUGGGUCAUGUUCCCUAGGCAUGAAACACGAGAAAAUGCGUCCGAAACUAAGCCCAAGUUCGACAAUGGAAUGGAUGAAUGAUGUGUGUACGUGUGUGUGUGUGUGUGUAUGCUUGUAUGUCAGUGUGUUUAAUGUGUGAAAUGUUAUGUAUUCUAUAUGUGUAUGUUAGUGUGUGUACUCUUUAUCUGUGUGUGUAUUCUCUAUGUGUGUGUUAGCGUGUGUACUCUGUGCACUCUGUUUGUGUGUAUGUACUCUAUUUCUGUGCUCUGUGUGUGUGUGUGUGUGUGUACUCUGUUUGUGUGUGUGUAUACAUUGUCUAAUGAAAGCCUACACACCCCUUGCACAGCCUUCACAUUUUGCUGCCUUUAAAUUAAAUACAAAACAUGUAUAAAAUGUUAUGUACACAACCUACACCACAUUUUCAAAGUAAAAUAACAAUUAUGGAUCAUUUUCCAAAUGAAUUUUAAAAAAAAGAAAAUGAAAAUGUCUUGAUUGCGUAUGUCUUAACGCCCCAGAGUUAAUACUUGGUGGAAGCACCCUUUGGCAGCCAUUACAGCUGUGAAUCAUUUGGAAUAAGAUUCUACCAACUUUGUACAACUCGUAGGGCAACAUAAACUCAGCAAAAAAAGAAACCUCUCACUGUCAACUGCGUUUAUUUUCAGCAAACUUAACAUGUGUAAAUAUUUGUAUGAACAUAACAAGAUUCAACAACUGAGAUAUAAACUGAACAAGUUCCACAGACAUGUGACUAACAGAAAUGGAAUAAUGUGUCCCUGAACAAAGGGGGGGUCAAAAUCAAAAGUAACAGUCAGUAUCUGGUGUGGCCACCAGCUGCAUUAAGUACUGCAGUGCAUCUCCUUCUUAUGGACUGCACCAUAUUUGCCAGUUAUUUCUGUGAGAUGUUACCCUACUCUUCCACCAAGGCACCUGCAAGUUCCCUGACAUUUCUGGGGGGAAUGGCCCUAGCCCUCACCCUCCGAUCCAACAGAUCCUAGACGUGCUCAAUGGGAUUGAGAUCCGGCCUCUUCGCUGGCCAUGGCAGAUCACUGACAUUCCUGUCUUGCAGGAAAUCACGCACAGAACGAGCAGUAUGGCUGGUGGCAUUGUCAUGCUGGAGGGUCAUGUCAGCAUGAGCCUGCAGGAAGGGUACCACAUGAGGGAGGAGGAUGUCUUCCCUGUAACGCACAGUGUUGCGAUUGCCUGCAAUGACAACAAACUCAGUCCGCUGAUGCUGUGACACACCGCCCCAGACCAUGACGGACCCUCCACCUCCAAAUCGAUCCCACUCCAGAGUACAGGCCUCAGUGUAACGCUCAUUCCUUAAACGCGAAUCCGACCAUCACCCCUGGUGAGACAAAACCGCAACUCGUCAGUAAAGAGCACUUUUUGCCAGUCCUGUCUGGUCCAGCGACGGUGGGUUUGUGCCCAUAGGCGACGUUGUUGCCGGUGAUGUCUGGUGAGGACCUGCCUCUCUCAGCCUAUUGCAGACAGUCUGAGCACUGAUGGAGGGAUUGUGCGUUCCUGGUGUAACUCGGGCAGUGUUGUUGCCAUCCUGUACCUGUCCCGCAGGUGUGAUGUUCGGAUGUACCGAUCCUGUCCAGGUGUUGUUACACGUGGUCUGCCACUGCGAGGACGAUCAGCUGUCCGUCCUGUCUCCCUGUAGCGCUGUCUUAGGCAUCUCACAGUACAGACAUUGCAAUUUAUUGCCCUGGCCACAUCUGCAGUCGUCAUGCCUCCUUGCAGCAUGCCUAAGGCACCUUCACGCAGAUGAGCAGGGACCCUGGGCAUCUUUCUUUUGGUGUUUUUCAGAGUCAGUAGAAAGGCCUCUUUAGUGUCCUAAGUUUUCAUAACUGUGACCUUAAUUGCCUACCGUCUGUAAGCUGUUAGUGUCUUAACGACCGUUCCACAGGUGCAUGUUCAUUAAUUGUUUAUGGUUCAUUGAACAAGCAUGGGAAACAGUGUUUAAACCCUUUACAAUGAAGAUCUGUGAAGUUAUUUGGAUUUUUACUAAUUAUCUUUGAAAGAUAGGGUCCUCAAAAAGGGACGUUUCUUUUUUUGCUGAUUUUUAUAUCCAUUGUCUUUGUCAAAAUUGCUCAAACUAAGUAAAUCUGGUUGGGAGUCAUUGAUGGACAGCAAUAUUCAUGCCUUGUCUCUGAUUUUCAAGCAGAUUUAAGACAGGACUGAGACUAGACCACUCAGGAACACUCAACACCAAUUGGAAAGCCAUUCUGGUGUGUCUUUGGCAUAAAAUGUUUUUGUCCUGCUGAAAAAUAAAACUCUAUCCCAGGGUUAGGUUUUCAGAAGACUGAGGCAGGGUUUCCUCAAUUUUUAUCUGGUCUUUGCUCCUUUCAUAUUUAUUUUGAUCGUGACAAACUCCCCAGUCUCUGCUGGUGACAAGCAUACCCAUAACAUGAUGCUGCCACCACAAUAAGAGAACAUUUGAUAUAGUUUUCUUUCACUUUGAACAUGUGGAGUAGGUUGUGUAGAUCGGUAGAAAAAAACUCUUAAUUUAUUCCCUUUUUAGAUUUAAUUUUAAGGAAACAAAAUGUGAAGAAUGUGCAAGGGGUGUGUAGACUUUCACUAGCGACCAGGUGUGUACUGUAUACUCUGUGUGUACUCUGUUUGUGUGUAUUCUCUAUGUGCGUGCUUUUGUGAGUGCAUUUGCAUGCUGUGUGUGUUUUAUUACUAUCUAUCCAUGUCUGUCUUCUAUAUCUGUCUCUGUGUUCUACGUGUGUGAGGGUGUGUGUGUAAUCUCUCUGUGUCUGUGUCUGGGACAGUGCUGCUGGUGAAGCAGGGCUGGCCCCAGGCCUCCGGUGCUGCAGGGGCCCCAGAGGGCUCCUAUGACCUGGCCAUGGACGCAGGCUCAGAGGGCCGCCAGUACCAGGCCUCAGCCGCAGCUUUCAGUAAAUAUGACCCUAUGUACUCUACACACACAGAUAUGUAUGCACACAGACAUACUCACACACACGUUUGCAUGCACUCUCACACGUACAUACACAGGAUGCACGCAGCAGGGUUUCUGUUAGCCGGUAAAUGGUGGCUUUUGGCCAAAAUAUAAUAAUAUGAAAAGCUGAUAAAUAACAUUGUUGCCGACCAAGUUGUCCAGGAAAGAUAAAAUCCAUUGAAAAAUUAUGCUUUUUAUUAAUUGAAGGAAAUACCAGUCGAUGUGCUCCAACUUCAAAGGCAAAUAUACUUCAUAUGCUAAUAAAACCAUUAAGCUGCUUGUAAAUUAGUGUCGGGUAUUUUUACUCACGCAAAAGAUGCGAGGUCCUCAUAAGAGACUUCAGCUAAGUGUACCCCGACUGGGCAAAAUUGGCGAAGAUUGUCUUGAUUAUUCCCAUUUCCAGUGUCCCCGUAUACUUUCUCCAAAACAGAGUAAAGACUGCCUCAAGACCGCGCCAGGACAAAGUAACGAGGCUGAUACACAUCAAGCUGCUCCAAGGAGUUGGACAGUUUUGACUUCCCAACAGCAGCAGCUCACUUUAGGCGAAAGUCCGCCUCAAACACAAGUAAAUUAGAGGCAAAUUAUUGUGUUCGUCAGGCCCGGUCCUAGCAGUUCUGCUGCCGCCCUAGGCAAGAUCAACAUAUGCUGCCCCUGUGUCAUGUAUAGUAUAAAUAUUUGGAAUGGAUUGAUAGACUAGAGUAGAGUAAUGAUGUAUCAUGCGCAAUUGGUGCAUUUCUGUUGAGCUUAUUCAGUAGCACUUGGAAACAAAACAUUAUUGCUAACUAUUCACAUCGGAGAGUUACAAUGUUGCAAUCACUAGGCAGCCAACUGCCUAUAGUAGGAAACAGAGUUGUUAUCAAUAAGCCAUGUAUAUCACACAUGACACAUGACACGAGUCCACGAUAGUUCAAAUUACAAUAGGCAUAACAUUUAUUAACAGCAUCUAGUAGAACUGUGAAAAGAGAGAUAUAUCAUUUGAACUUUGGAAAUAAGUGCUUUCAUGAAUGCAUGGUGCAGGCCUCGUUUCAGAGGAGCAUUGUAAAAUAAGCUUUCUCUCAAUUAACCAGCCUUAUUUUUGUUUAUUUACAUAUCGAAUUUGAUUGUCCAACAUCAGUUCUAUAAUUUCUUCAUUUUGUGGCCGCCUAGAGUGUCCUCUUUCCACUGCUGUGGUGCUGAAUGGCAGCGGGAAUGGGGAGUGGGGCGAUCCAGCUUUUGUCCUUUUUUUGUUGCAUUUGAGCUAUCCCUAACCCUUUUCCUAACCUUAACCUAAUUCUUCUAACCUGCCACAUUAAUUAUGCUAACCUGUUGCAUAAGUUAUCCUAACCUGCUACAAAUAGUCAAGUCUGAUGUUAAUUGGGCAAAAGCUAGAUCCCUUCUAGCGAUGACAGGCUGGCCCUGGUGUUAGUAGACAGCCAUGUUUAGUUAUUUAUUAGGCCUAAUUAAAAUGUUCAUGCCGGGGCUAAAUUAAAUUAGAGAGGCCUAGAUUGUAUUUGAAAACAGCUGUGUUUUGUUAUUUAUUAAUUAAAAUGUCAUACAAAUAGCCUACAGGUCAAGUCAUUCGCAAAUUAAAUUAUACAAAUAUGAUAUUAUGAAAUUGUGUUUUAUUCCUGUGUAGGCGACUUGUUCUUGUAGGCUAAAUGUUUUUAAAUUUUAAAUUUGUGAUUUAUAGCAGGGAUGAAGAUGCAACGGGCAAUGUUUUGCUUUUCAAUAAAACCUGUCAUGUUGGUAUAAGAACAUCGUUCUACUUUAUUUUAUCAAGACUUUACAGGCUAAUUUCUAUUCUGUUAAAAUGAAUUACAAUAAUGUAAAUGUGAUUUUGAUUGUCGGUCAUGUUGUCCGGUGCCACAUUUUCCUAAUGGAAACCCUGGCACACAGUCUCACACACACACACACACACACACACACACACACACACACACACACACACACACACAUUUGUAUUUACACACACAAACACACACACAUACAUGUUGGCAUGGCUGGGGGUACAUUCAGAGCUGGGCUGGGUUUCGAACUCUUGGGAAAAAGGUGUUAGGAAAAGGUUUGGAGUAAGACAGGCCGAUGGGAGGAUGUGAGGUAGUGAGUGACAUCACAGGGGAAAUGACAUCGUAGGGGGAGGGGCUGUGGGAUGGCAUCAUGCUUGGCUUAAACACCAGGGCCAGCCUGUCAUCGCUAGAAGGGAUCUGGCUUUUUCCCAAUUAACAUCAGACUUGACUAUUUGUAGCAGGUUAGGAAGCACAGCCGCGAGCUGCCCAGUGACACAAGCCUACCAGACGAGCUAAACCACUUCUAUGCUCGCUUCGAGGCAAGCAACACUGAAGCAUGCAUGAGAGCACCAGCUGUUCCGGAUGACUAUGUGAUCACGCGCUCCGUAGCCGAUGUGAGUAAGACUUUUAAGCAGGUCAACAUUCACAAGGCCGCGGGGCCAGACGGAUUACCAGGACGUGUACUCCGAGCAUGUGCUGACCAACUGGCAAGUGUCUUCACUGACAUUUUCAACAUGUCCCUGACUGAGUCUGUAAUACCAACAUGUUUCAAGCAGACCACCAUAGUCCCUGUGCCCAAGGACACUAAGAUAACCUGCCUAAAUGACUACCGACCCGUAGCACUGACGUCUGUAGCCAUGAAGUGCUUUGAAAGGCUGGUCAUGGCUCACAUCAACACCAUUAUCCCAGAAACCCUAGACCCACUGCAAUUUGCAUACCGCCCCAACAGAUCCACAGAUGAUGCAAUCUCUAUUGCACUCCACACUGCCCUUUCCCACCUGGACAAGAGGAACACCUACGUGAGAAUGCUAUUAAUUGACUACAGCUCAGCAUUCAACACCAUAGUGCCCUCAAAGCUAAUCACUAAGCUAAGGAUCCUGGGACUAAACACCUCCCUCUGCAAUUGGAUCCUGGACUUCCUGACGGGCCGCCCCCAGGUGGUAAGGGUAGGUAACAACACAUCUGCCACGCUGAUCCUCAACACGGGGGCCCCUCAGGGGUGCGUGCUCAGUCCCCUCCUGUACUCCCUGUUCACCCAUGACUGCAUGGCCAGGCACGACUCCAACACCAUCCGAUGAGACAGCCUAUAGGGAGGAGAUGAUUGUGGACUACAGAAAAAAAAAAGAGGACUGAGCACACCCCAUUCUCAUCGACGGGGCUGUAGUGGAACAGGUUGAGAGCUUCAAGUUCCUUGGUGUCCACAUCACCAACGAACUAUCAUGGUCCAAACACACCAAGACAGUCGUGAAGAGGGCACGACAAAGCCUAUUCCCCCUCAGGAGACUGAAAAGAUUUGGCAUGGGUCCUCAGAUCCUGAAAAAGUUCUACAACUGCACCAUCGAGAGCAUCCUGACUGGUUGCAUCACCGCCUAGUAUGGCAACUGCUCGGCCUCCGACCGCAAGGCACUACAGAGGGUAGUGCGUACGGCCCAGUACAUCACUGGGGCCAAGCUUCCUGCCAUCCAGGACCUCUAUACCAGGCAGUGUCAGAGGAAGGCCCUCAAAAUUGUCAAAGACUCCAGCCACCCUAGUCAUAGACUGUUCUCUCUGCUACCGCACGGCAAGCAGUACCGGAGCGCCUAGUCUAGGUCCAAAAGGCUUCUCAACAGCUUCUACCCCCAAGCCAUAAGACUCCUGAACAGCUAAUCAUGGCUACCCGGACUAUUUGCACUGCCCCCCCCACCACCACCCCAUCUUUUUACGCUGCUGCUACUCUGUUAAUUAUUUAUGCAUAGUCACUUUAACUCUACCCACAUGUACAUAUUACCUCAACUACCUCAACUACCUCAAUUAGCCGGUGCCCCCGCACAUUGACUCUGCACCGGUACCCCCCUGUAUAUAGCCUCCCUACUGUUAUUUUAUUUUACUUCUGCUCUUUUUUUCUAACACUUUUUUGUUGUUGUUGUUUUAUUUUACUUUUUUAUUUAAAAAAAAAUUCAUUGUUGGUUAAGGGCUGUAAGUAAGCAUUUCACGGUAAUGUCUACACCUGUUGUAUUCGGCGCAUGUGGCAAAUACAAUUUGAUUUGAUUUGAUUUGCUGUGCGGUAUCAUAUAACACAUUUGCUGGCUGCUGCAGCAUACAUUCUUCUCAAAUAGUGUAACUACGUUUUAGUUGGAUAGAUAAUGUGUGUUCGAGUCAUGGAAGUGAUUUGGUGGUUUCCUAACAUUAAUGUAAUGAUCAAUGUCCUCUAAAACCCACCAGAACAGACACUUCUCUGUGUGUGUGUGUGUGUGUGUGUGUGUGUGUGUGUGUGUGUGUGUGUGUGUGUGUCUGUGUGUGUGUGUGUGUGUGUGUGUGUGUCUGUGUGUGCCUGGCUGUGUGUGCUUGAGUGUUUGAGUAUAAAAAAAGAAUGUUCACAUUCUCUGUGUAGUUUUAACAGGGCUUGUUCACGAUUGCAGCCGACUGUCGACUGACUGAUCUACAAAUUACCUUGCAUCAAAUAUAACUACUUAUUAUUAUUUGUAGAUCAGUCAGUCACAAUUUACCCAAAAUGCAUCACGUCGGCUGCAAUGUCGAACAAGCCCAUGGCCUCUCUUUGGGCAUUCAUAAUACAGCUGGUUCUGCUUCAUAUCUGUCCAAAGCUCUGUGGAAACUAUAUAUAUAUCUUGGAGGCUACAUGUAUUUUGUAAAGGAGCACUGUUAUUCAGUCAAUCCUCAGUGUUCUCCUCCUCCAAUGACACACUCUGAAUCUCAAGACAAUUAAAACUGAUCUGGAAACUGAAACUAGGUCUCGCUCACCGCAUGUUCUCUUUCUUUCUGCCUCCCUCUCUUUUGCUUUCUCUUUCUCCAUCUUUCCCUCUCCCGUCUUGAUCUCUCUCUUACUCUCUCUCUCUCUCUUGCUUUUUUCUCCCUGACUUUCACUUUCUUUCUUUCUCUCUUUCCAUCCUUCCCUCUCUCUAUCUCUCUCUCUCAUCUAGGAUACACUGCUGGGACACCCUACAAGGUCCCCCCUGGUCAGUCCAAUGGGGCGCCCCCUCCCUACUCCCCGUCCCCUAACCCCUACCAGGCGGCCAUGUACCCCAUCAGAAGUGCCUAUCCCCAACAGAACCUCUACACUCAGGUAAGGACCUGGCCUGGCUUUUACUCACUGGGGUUGGCUGUCUGUUUGACAAUAUCACCUACCUACUUAUAAGAUGUGAUUGAUGACCUCUCUCUACUUGUUUUUUGAUUGUUAGAAGACAGUUAGCUUGCUGAGUAAAAUUAGCUGUGCUAGAAAAGUAAGAAAAGCCAAUUCUAAAUUUUUCAAUAUUGAAUAUUGCCAAAGCAUUCCAAAAAUCACUUAUCUUUUCUUCUAUUCCUCUCAGGGUGCGUACUAUACACAGCCGAUGUAUGCAGCUCAGCCCCACGUCAUACACCACACCACAGUGGUGCAGCCCAACAGCAUCCCAUCCGCCCUCUACCCUGCCCCUGUCCAACAGCCCCGCUCCAACGGCCAUAUGGCCAUGGGCAUGGUGGCUGGCACAACCAUGGCCAUGUCUGCUGGUAAGAAGUCAAAACUAAACUACUAGGGUUGCAAAAUUCCCAGGUUUUCCAGAAAUCCCGGUUGGAAGAUUUGUGGAAUCAGGAUAGAAUAUCCAGGAAAUCUGGGAAUCCUACAACCAAGAUUUUUGGAAAACCUGAGCAUUUUGGUAAAGUUACUGGAAUUUUGUGACCCUAUCAACAGCUCAAACAAAUUGUUCACACAACUAUUACUUACAGUGAUGUUUCUGUUUGGAGUAAAGGCUGUGUUUAUAACACAUUUCUAACAGUAUUCGGUCGAUUAGUUCUCAAGGAGUAGAUGUGUUUGGCCACCGACAUGUUUCCAUGGUGAUGACAACAGUCUGGCCGUGUUACCAUGCUGAUGACCUCUGUCUGUCUGAUUGACCCUCUUUGCCCAGGUACUCUGCUGACCACGCCUCAGCACGCCACUCAGCACAUUGGUGGACAUCCGGUCACCGUGCCAACCUAUCGGCCCCAGGGGACGCCUGGGUACAGCUAUGUGCCUCCUCACUGGUAGACCCCACUGGGCCCCACUCAUGUAAGUUACUGGUCCUAGAUCAGUUUUAACCUAUCACAAUGUUAUCCCAGUCUAUGGUUAGGAGAGUUAAGGGCCGAUCUAUUGACAGUGCUUUGAUACGUAAGUGCGUUGAUUUUUUAUUAUUAUAAAAAUAUAUAUAUGAGCAACUGUAAUUUUGAGUUAUUGUCACUUGGUUUUGGAAAAAGAAUUUAUAGGACAAAUGUGAUAUUUUCUUUGUAAAUUACAUAUAUAAUACAUAAUACCAUUUGUCUUCUCCCUCCCCUCUCCAUCCUUCUACUGCUCUCCCCCUCUCCAUCUCUCUCUCUCUCACUCUUUCCCCUCAGAUCGGGAGUCAAACAUUGCUCACAACUCAAGUCUUACAUUGGUGCAGGAGGUCUGGCAUACGAGCAUCAAGUCUGUCAGCAAGAACAAAAAACUAAAGUGCAAGGGUCACUAUGCAUUCUUUUGUGAUUUGGAAAAGCUGCUUUUUCAUGUUUUUAUUAUUUUUUACCAGCCUCAGAUUUUUUGGAUUUGUUUUUUUAUUUUGACUCUCUUAUAAUCCAGACACACACUGACCAGCAGUAUAGUACAUGUAUAGUACAUUUGUGCUUCUUCUUUUGUGUGUGAGUGUGUGUGUAUUUUUCUGUUCUGAACACUGGUUCCGACGCAAAGCCAGUCCCUUCAGCCGUGAGAAUGUACACGUCUUUGUAUGCUGCCAAAUUUUCAAAUGUUUCAAAAAACAUUUGGGGGAAAGCGCAGUAUGAGUGUCGCGCCUAGAUUACUUUCUACCUUAUUGAUUUGCAUUCCCAUUUCGGUUUAUGUUCAAACACAACCAUCUUCCAGCACAAGAUAACAAGGGUCGUCUUCCAGCUUGUAGCAACAGUGCAUUAACUUGGCUUCUUAAGAUUAUACCCACUGUAUAUCAGUCAUGUGGUAGAAGAAAGACUAAUACCGUAAGUACCGUAAUAGUUACACACCAUGUAGAGUACAUUUUCAGUAAGUUCAGUGGACAUAAUUAGCUUUUACGUCUACUAAAGUAUAGUAAGCAAUUUAAAUAUCUAUACAUGAAUAUAUUAUAUAUAGGAAUACUGACGUGUGAGCGAGCGCCUGCGCGUGUUUGUGGUUCUUUUGUACACGUAAAAGCUCGCCAAACUUGAAAACACACUCACAUUUAGGUAUUUCAGUUGGCAUGAGUAGUGGCACAUGUACGCAUAUACAUAUACAGAUUUAUAGGACAUCACACACACACACGCAAAAGUGUAGAUGGCAUAGGAUGCAAUGGAUAAAUUGCUGGAUAGGGUCUCCCUCAUAACUUGCAGGCUAUGUUGUGAACUGAUUCCAAUUCUAAUCUAGUGUCAACUGAGGUGCAUGGAGUUUGAGGGGUGAGGCAAAUUGUCAGUUGGACCAGGGAUUGCUAAAUCGAAGGAUUCAGAGGGAUUUAAGGUCAGUAGAAGAGAGGGGGAUAAAGGAAUACAAGGGGAGUAGUGAGUGAAAAAAGCAUCUAAAUUGUAUAGUGGUCAAGCAUCUAUGCCCAUAGCCUUGAGCUGCAUGCCUCCCAUUGAUCUCACAGACUGGAGAUGAGUGUUAUUCGCAAUAAAGAUCCCAUGUGAUGUCAUGUUUACAUGUUUAAUAGAGAUCUAGGUCCUAAACUGCACCAUUUACCUGGGUCGUGUUCAGCAAGGCACGCCAGAGCAAAACGUUUUGCAAUGGAAAACGAAAAUUGGUGUUCUUAUUGGACAGAUUCAGGUAGUACCUCCCUGUUUUACUCCUUUUCAAAACGUCUUCUCCUGAACUGAACAUGGCCCUGAUCAGUGUCACUAGUUCUUCAAGUGACCGGUAGAGGGCAGUAGUGAGGGGUGCGGGGC